GGCACGCUGAGCAGUGAGGCCCGGAGGCCAGCAGCGUGGACUUGAACCUCCGGCGUCGGCAGCAAGCCAGUCUGUGUCUCCGGGGAGGAGACCGCGGGCCGGCCUCCGAGGACCCCGAGCCUGGCUUCCCGCUGCACCCGCUGCGGUGAGCGGCGUCCAGCCUUCUCAUUGUGGGUGAACAGCCCCAGAGGGCCAGCUGAGCCCCUGAGCCUCAGAUGCCGCUCCGCAGAGACAGGCCAGUGUCAGAGAUGGUGUUCCCCGGGUUCGGCCCGUCGCCCACUAGCCCCACGGCCGCCAAGGAGCCGCCUCUGGCCAGGCUGUGCGCCCAGGUGGACCUGCAUCUGGGCUGCUCCCGCUGCACCCAGCGCCUCAACGAGAGCACAUACCUGCUGCGCGCGGUGGAGCACAGCUGCCCCCGCCAGAUCCUGCUGGCUCGCUCCAAGCGAGCCACCAAGCGCAGGGUCUGGCGCAAGGUGGACCGGCGGCCCAGCUUCCCGCAGCCCUUGCGCUAUGAAGUUUGCCGCUACUACAGGCCUGGGGUCGGGUGCCGGCGCCACUACAACCAGUGUACCUUCGCCCGGAGCCCUGAGGAGGCGCUGGUCUGGAACUUCGAGCGUGAGCACAACCUCUCCCGGCUGUGGCUGAAGGCCGCGGUGCAGGGCGGCGGGGCCCAGGGCGAGCUGCGCAGCCCGGCUGAUGCCAUCUACGCGGAGUUUGGUGGCCAGUUCCAGCUGCUCUGCUCGUGCUGCUUCCGACGCUACCCGCCGCGCCUCUGCCCUGUGGACCCUCCGGGGUGGUGCUCCCAGCACGGGGCCUGCCCCUCGCUCCUGGUUCACGUGAGCACUGAGGGCCGCCGCAGGCAGCAGGUUGUGGAGGUGCGGCCGCGGCCCCAGUACAGUCAGCCACUGGCCUACUGCAUGUUCGUCGGGCGAGGGCGGCCAUGCCGGCACGGAGCAUCCCGUUGCCAGUACGCUCACAGUGCUGUGGAGAUGGCUGUGUGGGAGGCGGAGCAGCUGAGUGGGCUCCGGCGGGGGGACCUGCUCAUGCCCCCUGCACCCGCGGGAAACGGGCACACAGCCCCGCACAGCCAGCCCCCUAGAGUCCGGCUGUACUGCCGCGUCUGCCUGGUCACCUGUCACUCCCAGGAGGCCUUUGAGAAUCACUGCUCAUCCGUGGAGCACGCGCACAUGGUGGCCUUGGACCAGGCCGUGCCCUGGAAGCAUCGCAGCCCGCCCACUGGGCUCUCCACGUUCGAGCUCUGCCCCAGGCCCGACCUCUGUGAGUACGGGGUUGUCUGCACCAAGGCGCAUUCGGAGCAGGAGCUGCAGGAGUGGGUGUCACGGGUGCAGACCGUGGAGCUGCGGGAGAAGGCGGCCUGGCAGGAGGGGCUGGUGCCCUACCAAGUGCGGCUGCUGGCAGAGUACCGGCGCAGCAGCAGUGAGAUCACGGUGCUGGCCGAGACCAUCGACGGCGUGUCCAUCACCUGCAACCAGCCCCUGGUGCAUCAGGCCCAGGAGAAGAAAACUGAGCACAGCUGGAUGUUCACCAUCCACUCUGAGGAGCCGCUGCUGCACGUGGCCCUGCUCAAGCAGGAGCCGGGAGCAGACUUCUCGCUGGAGGCUCCCUGUCUCCCCCGGGGCCAGGUCUACGCACAGGGGGAGCGCUUCUGUGUGCCCGGCUCCCGGGCUGAGUUCCAGGUGGGGGUGGGUGUGCAGAGCGCCUCCUUCGGCACCUUCGAGCAGUGGGUGGUCUUUGACUUUGGCCGCCGGCCAGCACUGCUGCGAAAGCUGGGGUUGCAGCUGGGCCAGGUGCACUGCACAGGGCUCCAAGGGACGCCAGUGCCUGGCCACCCCAUGGAGCUGGAGCGCUGGCACCCUGGCAACCGCCACGUGGUGCCCAGUGUGGCUCGGACGGCAGAGCAGGUGGCCCUGAUGGCCAAGUACAAGGUGCCUGCCCUGGCCCUGGAGUUCAGUCGCAGUGGCCCGGCCCCAGGUCCCAUCUCCUGCACCAACUAUCGGCAGAGGAUGCACCAGUUUCUCUAUGAAGAGGAGGCCGCUCAGCAGCAGCUAGUGGCCAAGCUGAACCUUCGGGGCCCAGUGUCCCUGAAGACAGCACUGCAGACACCAGCCCUGGGCAUGCUCUUCCCGCCACCGGGAGCCCUCUACGCCCAGGUCCCCAUCCCCUCUUCCCUGACACCGGACACAGACCAGGGCUUUCUGCUAAGCCGGGCGGUGAGCACGGCCCUCGUGGCCCCUGUGCCCGCGCCUGACCACACAGUGUUCGAGGUGCGGCUGGAGACCCGGGCCAGCUCAGAGCAGGCGUUGUGGCUGCUGCUGCCUGCCCAAUGCUGCACAGCCCUGGGGCUACAGCCUGAGGCCAGCCCGGUCUUGGAGGUGCAGUUUCAGAUCGAUCCGCUGACCUUCCGCCUCUGGCACCAAGCGGUAGACGCGCUGCCUGAGGAGCGCCUGGUGGUGCCCGACCUGCUGGCCUGCACCCUGCCCUGCCCGUGGCCCACCCCACCCGCCCUGCACGGCAACCGCAAGCAGAGACUGGCCGUGGAGUUCAUAGUGGGCAGCAACCCUGGGGGCACACAGCCCAUCGCUCCGCUGCUCAUCUAUGGCCCCUUUGGCACGGGCAAGACCUACACACUGGCCAUGGCCUCCCUGGAGGUCAUCCGGCAGCCCCACACCAAGGUCCUCAUCUGCACACACACCAACAGCGCGGCCGACAUCUACAUCGAGGAGCAUUUCCACGGCUACGUCAGCAGCGGCCACCCGGAGGCCGCGCCGCUCCGGGUGAUGUACACGGACCGCCCGCCCAGCCAGACGGAUGCAGCCACGCUGCGGUACUGCUGCCUGACGGAGGACCGCCGGGCCUUCCGCCCGCCGACGCAGGCUGAGCUGGAGCAGCACCGCAUCGUGAUCACCACCACCUCCCAGGCCCGGGAGCUCCGGGUGCCCGCCGGCUUCUUCUCGCACAUCCUCAUUGACGAGGCCGCCCAGAUGCUGGAGUGCGAGGCGCUCACCCCGCUGCGCUACGCCUUGCCCAGCACCCGUGUGGUGCUGGCAGGCGACCACAUGCAGGUCACGCCCCGGCUCUUCAGUGUGGCCAGGGCCCAGGCGGCCGGCCACACGCUGCUGCACCGCCUCUUCCAGCACUACCAGCAGCAGACGCAUGAGGUCGCCCGGCGGAGCCGGCUCGUCUUCCACGAGAACUACCGCUCCACCGAGGCCAUUAUCAACUUCAUCUCGCACCACUUCUACGUGGCCAAGGGCAACCCCAUCCACGCCAGCGGCAGAGUCCCUCGCCACCCCCGGCACUACCCGCUCAUGUUCUGCCACGUGGCGGGCAGCCCCGAGCGCGACAUGUCGAUGACGUCCUGGCUCAACACGGCCGAGAUUGCCCAGGUUGUCGAGAAGGUGCAGGAGAUCCAUGACACCUGGCCCCGCUGCUGGGGCAGCCGCGAGCAGAAGCACAUCUGUGCCGUGUCCCACGGUGCCCAGGUGAGUGCGCUGAGGCAGGAGCUGAGGAAGAGGGGCCUGGGCCAGGUGUCUGUGGGCAGCUUUGAGAUCCUGCCAGGGCGGGAGUUCCGGGUGGUGGUACUGAGCACUGUGCACAACCACCACAGUCUGCUGGGCCCUGGGGCGCCUGCCCUGGAGUUCUUCACAGAUGCCCGCGUGCUCAACACCGUCAUGACCCGAGCCCAGUCCCAGGUGGUGGCUGUGGGCGACGCCAUGGCGCUCUGCUCCUUCGGGGACUGCAGCAAGCUCUGGAAGAGCUUCAUCCGCGAGUGUGUGGAGCAUCGCAGCGUCUUCCCUGAGGACCUAUCGCUGGAGCAGAUCAAGCAGGGCGUGGUCCAGAGGCAGCGCUGGGACCUCCACGCAGAGAGAUCGGUGGCAGUGGGGGCCGUGGACACUGUCCUGGAGCAGGGGGCAGCAGGGGGCCCAACCACAGAGCACACGGCAGUGGCGAAGGUCAAGCCAGGGGCUGUGGCCGAGGAGGGUGCAUCCCCGUCCAGGACCUCGGCGGCAGAGGACGUGGCCACACAGAAGGCAGAGGCUGGGAACACAGUGUCAGGGUCUGCAGCUGGGGGGCUCCCAGCAGCAGAAGGGGCAGCCCCAGUGCACACGCAGGAGGGGGACACGGCCUCAGCAGGGAACUUGGCGAGGGGUGAUGUGGCCCCUAGGGACGCCACCGCAAGCAGGUCCAAGGACCCCGAGGACUCCGAGUCCGACUUCUGGCCUUCCGACGGGGAGCUCGAUGCCGACGACUCCCUCCUGCAGGAGCUCCUGGACGAGAGCCGGAAUGUGACGGUGACCGUUGGGGAGGACGGGCUGCUGGACACCAUCCCUAGGCCCACAUCCCCACAGCAGGCCCGGCAGUAUGUGAACCUGCCCCAGGCCACACUGUGGAGGCUGCUCCGUGAGGAGCCCGAGCUGUACCGCCACUGCGCCUUCACACAGGAGACCUUUGAGCGGGCGACAGCCGUGCCGCUGGACGGCGCAGGCCCCGGCCCCAUCCAGGUCAGGGGCCGCCUGAACUGCGGGAUGGCCUUCACCGGGGACGAGGUGCUGGUGAAAGUCUUUGGCGGGGCUGCUGGCGACAGGGGCUCCACGGGGCGGCUGCAGGGCCGCGUGGUGGGCGUGCUCAAGAGGAGGUGCCGUGAGCUUGUGUUCGUGUGCCGCAUGGAUGAGUGGGACCCCCGCAUCAUGACCCCCAUCGACGGCUCCGUGACCAAGAUCUUCGUGGCUGAGCUGAAGGACCCACUGCAGGUGCCCAUCCACCGCCUCCUGCAGGGCCACGUGCAGCGGGUGAGGUACGAGCCGCUCACGGCCAAAGCCCGGCGCGACCGGCUCUUUCGGGUGCGUGUCGUCCUGUGGCGGGAGCGCUUCUACUAUCCGCUGGGCAUCGUCCUGGAGGUGCUGCCCCAGGCCGACACCUGGCAGCGGGGCCUCCACGCCCUGGACCUGGAGUUCGGCCUGAGGGACCCCUCGCCAGACCCAGCCUCGGUCUCUAAGGCGCUGCAGAAGUUCCGCGCAGAGCUUGGCCGGGCGCCUGGCUGCCGAGAGGACUGCCGCGGCUUCCUGACCUUCACCGUGGACCCUCAGGGCGCCCGCAGCCUCGACGACGCCCUCAGCGUCCGGGACCUGGGCCCCCGGUACGAGGUGGCUGUGCACAUCGCCGACGUGGCCAGCGUCAUGCCCCGGGACAGCGGGCUGGACGUGGAGGCCCGCAGGCACGGCACCUCCUUCUACGCCCCCGACCGGGAGCCGGUGCCCAUGCUGCCAACUGGCCUCUGCCAGGACGUGUUCAGCCUCCUGCCAGGCCAGGACCGGUUGGCCAUCUCCCUCUUCCUCACCGUGGAGAAGGGCAGUGACCAGGUCCGGGGCCUGCGCUUUGCGCCCUCCAUGAUCCGCUCCAACCGCCAGCUGUCUUAUGAGGAGGCUGAGCAGGUGAUCAAGGGGCACCCGGGUGCGGGCCUGGAGCUGCCAGCCCGCCUGGACUCGGUGGACGCCUGUGUGGCAGCCGCGUGCCACCUCUCCCGGGUGCUGCGUCGCCGCCGCCUGCAGGGCGACUGCCACUACAAGCAGCUGGACGAGGACAGCAUGCUGGGCUUCCGUGCAGCCCACGUCAUGGUCCAGGAGUACAUGAUCCAAUUCAACAGACUGGCAGCUGAGUUCCUGGUGGGCAGUGAGCGCACGCGGACGGUCACACCACUGAGGUGGCAGCCCAUGCCCAGCAGCCGCCAGCUGGAAGCCGUGCGUGAGAAGCAUGGGGGGCUGGUGCCCCUGUCGCUGCACCUGCGCCACCACCUUUGCGGCCCCGGCCCCCCCGACACACACCUGCACCUCCUGGCCUCCCUCUGGAGGCAUGUCCAGCUUGCAGCCCGAGCCCAGGACUUUGACGGGCUGGUGGACCUCAUCACCACGGACGACGUGCACCCCUCGCUGGCUCCCGCAGGCCUCGACUUCCGCCGGGCCCUGGGCCGCUCUGUCUUCGGCCGCUCCAGCCAGGGUGAACAGCAGCCAGCCAGCCACUACUCGCUGCAGGUGGAGUGGUACACGUGGGCGACCUCGCCCAUCCGCAGGUACCUGGAUGUGGUGCUCCAGCGGCAGAUCCUGUUGGCGCUUGGCCAGGGGGGCUCCGCCUACUCCGCCAGGGACAUCGACGGGCUCUGCCAGGACUUCAGCCACCAGCACAUGAGCGCCCAGAGGUACCAGCGCCGGGCCUACAGCCUGCACCUGGCCACGCGGCUCAAGGCCCAACCCCAGGACAAGCUGGGCUUCGUGGUGGACGUGGAGGCGGGCGCCCGCUGCUUCAAGCUGCUCUUCCCUGCCAACCGCGAGACCCUGCCUGAGCCCUGCCCUGUCUACUACCGCUCCCUGCAGCUGUCCGAGCACCCCCACGGCCUGGCGGGCCGGCCGGGACUGCGUCUCUUGUGGCGACGCCGCAUCUACUCGGUGCAGGCGGAUCAGCCGUGCCACCCACUGCCCGGCGCCCUGCUCGACCCACAUACCCGGCCCAUUGACACUGCCCUGUGGCAGCAGCUGCUGGAGCUGGUGGAGGAGCAGCGGUGGCCCGAGGCAGCUGCCCUCGUGCAGGCUCAGGGCGCCACGGAGCCCCGGCCACGGGAGCUGGGGCGGGUGUGGCGGAACCACUGUGACCACUUCGUGGAGGUGGCCCGGGAGCUGAGGGGCGGGGACACGCUGCAGGUGCAGCUGAGCGCCACCCUGCAGCGUGGGUUCCUGGCGCCGGUCCUGCAGCUGUGGACCGUGGCACCUGGCCUCGUCCUCUGCCUGGAGCACGCAGAGCGGCCAGGCGACUGCUUCUCGGGCCAUGUGCCCCAGGCAGGGCGGGACCGGUGCCGGGACGUGAACGAGUACUCCCACGUGUGGCAGCCGUUCUGCUCCCUGGAGUCGGCCACUAGCGCGGUCGCUGAGAACGACUCCAUCACGCUGCAGCACGUGCGAAUAUCCUGGGAUGCGGAGCGGACGACACAGGGCCAGCUACAGGGCACCUUCUGCCUCGAGGCUGCCUUCCUCCGUGAGCACUGCAUCGACAUCAGCCUCGACCACUGCUACCUCUGCAUCCGGCUUGAGGGGCUGCCGGCCGUGCCCGACAAGAGGGCGCCAUGCCCCCCGGGCAGUCCUGGCCAGCCUCCCUCCACUGCUCCACCCCGCGGGCCCAGCAGCCUCAGCCCCGUCCUGAGCAUUGACCCUGACACCUACACCUGGGUGGCCCAUGGGCUGACCGAGGACGGGGACCUGAAGGAGGGCAGGGCAGACCGGCAGGAGGCCCGCAAGCAGGUGCACUUCUUUAUCCACCACAUGGCCAUGGAGAAGGUUCCAGAAGAGGUGCUGAGGCCCGGCAGCCGAUUCACCAUUGAGGUGUUGCCCAAGCAGCUUCCCGACCUCCGCAAGGAAGAAGCUGUGCGUGAUCUGGAGAGUGCGUCCCCACUGGUCAUCAGCAUCGCCCUGGGCCAGCCCAUCCCCUUGCCCCGCUGCCCUCCUCACCAGCAGCCCCUCCACAGAGGGACCCCCCGCAGGUUCCUGGAGCAACAGGCCUUCGACAUCCCCGGGAGCCACCACAAGCUGAACCCCAGCCAGAACGGAGCCAUUAGGGAAGCUCUGAGAAAGCAGUUCACGGUCAUCCAGGGACCACCAGGCACGGGAAAGACGGUGGUGGCCCUCCACCUCGUGUUCUGGUUUCACAAGUCAAACAAGGAGCAGGCGCUGGCCUGUGGCAGCCCUGGGGGGGAGACGCGCCUGGGGGGCCCCUGCAUCCUGUACUGCGGCCCCUCCAACAAGUCGGUGGACGUCCUGGCAGGGCUGCUCCUGAGCAGGAGAGCAGAGCUGAAGCCCCUUCGUGUGUACAGCGAGCAGGCCGAGGCCACCGAGUUCCCCGCACCCGGUGUGGGCAGCAGGGGUCUGCCCAAGAAUACCCCUCGGGAGGGGAGGCCGAACCAGACCCUCAGGAGCAUCACCCUGCACCACCGGAUCCGGCAGCCCUCCAACCCCUACGCCUCCGACCUCAAGGCAUUCGAUGGCCGGCUGCAGAAAGGGGAAGUGUUCUCCAAGGAAGACCUCCUUCGGUACAGGAGGACGCUGGGGAAGGCAAGGAAGUUCGAGCUGGACCGCCACAGGGUCAUCCUGUGCACGUGCUCGUGUGCAGCCUCGGUCAGCCUCAAGAAUCUGGACGUCCGGCAGAUCCUUGUGGAUGAAGCAGGCAUGGCCACGGAGCCCGAGACCCUCAUCCCUCUGGUGACCUUCUCGAGGGCGGAGAAGGUGGUCCUCCUUGGGGACCACAAGCAGCUUCGGCCUGUGGUCAAGAACGAGCAGCUGCAAAACCUGGGUCUGGAUCGGUCUCUCUUCGAGCGAUAUCACAGGGACGCCUACAUGCUGGACACGCAGUACCGCAUGCACAGGGACAUCUGCACCUUCCCCUCCAUGGAGUUCUACAAGAGCAAGCUGAAGACCUGGCAUGGCCUGAGGAGGCCGCCCAGCGUCCUAGGCCACGCUGACAAGGAGAGCUGCCCUGUCAUUUUUGGCUACGUGCAGGGCCAUGAGCAGAGCCUGCUGGUGUCCACAGAUGAAGGGAACGAGAACUCUAAGGCCAACCUGGAGGAGGUGGCAGAGGUGGUUCGCAUUGCCAAACAGCUGACCCUGGGCAGGACAGUGGACCCCAAGGACAUUGCCAUCCUCACGCCCUACAAUGCACAGGCCACAGAGAUCAGCAAGAGACUUGUGCGAGAGGGCAUCACGGGAGUAACAGUGUGCUCCAUCACCAAGAGCCAGGGGAGCGAGUGGCGCUAUGUGCUGGUGAGCACCGUCCGCACGCGCCCUGAGAGUGACGUGGACCAGCGGCCGACUAAAGGCUGGCUCAAGAAGUUCCUCGGCUUUGUGGUGGACCCCAACCAAGUGAACGUGGCCAUCACCCGGGCCCAGGAGGGCCUCUGCCUCAUCGGAGACCACCUCCUCCUGCGGUGCUGUCCUCUCUGGCGUCGACUCCUGGACUCCUGUGAGGCCCAGCAGAGCCUUGUGCCCGCUGGCCAGGUGCGGGUCCAGAGGAGGCCAGCCGUGUCUUUCUGAAGAGCCCUGCCCACCCACUGCCCCCAUGCUGCCAGGACUGUAAGGAAAAGUCUCAGGCCUUCCUGAGCCAGACACCUUGGUGGGCCCAACUCAGCAGAAUCCCAUGUGCCUUCAGUGGUCACUGCCAGCCACCAUCCGGCCACCUGGCUGCCUGGGCAGGGGUCUGGAGGCUGGCCGCAAUGGUGCACAAUAACCACAUUCCUGAGUCUUGUCUUCUCCCCAGGCGGCAGCAGGCCAGGCAGUGCCCGGCCGUCAUGUGCAUCAACCUGGGGGGCAGGUCCCGCCCUCCUUGCAGAGCUGAUUUGCUGGGACAUUUGGGGACAGGGAGCAUCUCGGGUGGGGGUGGGGUCCCCGAACCAGCACGACACCUUCGCUGGGAAGGCUUGGGGUCAGGAAGGAAAUCCCGUUGCUCUUUGAUCUUUGGACGCCAUCCCUGACCACACUGGUUUUGGCCAGGAAACUCAGCUUUAUUUUCUAUUUUUAAAUAAACCAAAAGCCAGUUUUUUUUUUUUACUGGAACAGGGUCCACAGCCCACACUCAGGGCAAGGAGGCCUCCCUGGGAGAGAGGUUUUUCUCUGUCACCACUGCCCCGUCUGCUUGGACCCACAGCCUGUGUUCUUGAGGGGCCACUGCCCGGCAGGGGGAGGGCAGACUCGAACCAGAUGGCCACACAGUCUCCCGGACCCGCCCCUCUGGACGUGCCAGGCCGUGCGGUGCUCCUGUGGGCGUGGGUGGGGCGGGAUCAGGUGCCUGGACAGGCACCCAUACUCCCACCCCGAGCUCUGUGUCACCCUGUUUACUCAGGCCUGCUCCCAGGUCAGGGCCUUCGGCACGGCCUGCCCAGUGCAUCUUUCUUUGUGAGAUUGACCUUUGCACACGCAUUUGGGUCCUGCCUGGAAAGUUGUGCCCUCCAUGGCUGGCCCACUCCUGCCCACCCUGAGGCUGCUCUGACUCUGGAAAACAGAGCUUGUGGCAUUGGGCAUGCUGCAAAGGAGCUGUUCACACCGGAGGGGCUCGCCCCACCUGUGGCCCCCCAGCAGACCCCUCUGUGGGGGUAGGGGUGGGGUGUCUAUGUGUCUGUCUGAUGUUUUAUACAAAUUAAAUUUAUACAAUUAAAUUUAUACAAUUAAAUUUUAGUAUAUUUUCUUGGA